AUGGACUUGAAGACUCGUGAGAAGAGGGAGACGAAGGCGGCAAGAUGUCCCCCCGAGUUGAUGGAAGAGCUUGUUCUCGAGAUAUUUCUUCGGCUGCCAGUGAAGUCCCUCCUGCGGUUCAAGUCUCUCAGUAAGGCCUGGUGCACAACCAUCUCCGACCCCAUGUUUAUCCGGAGUCAUCUUGAGCGCCAGAAACCAUCAUGGCUCAUCAUUCCCCACGCCUUGGACAGUACUAUCGAAGGUGAGGAGUGGACAACCACCUUCUCAACCCAAAUCCGCUUCUACCAGUGGCAGCUAGGGCUAGGUGUCUCUGAUACAAGGUUGAUGCACACAACUGACUUCCCUGGAGAAUUUAGCUCAAUCUCUCACAUUGCCCACUGCCACGGUCUGGUGCUCUUCCCUACCAACACCAAACUCUACAUCUUCAAUCCGGCCACCAGGGACACAAUGACGUUGCCUAAAAGUAACCGCACCAAAACGCAGUACAAGCAUAUGUUCCUCCCGACGGGGUUUGGUUUGGACCAUCACACUGACAAGUACAAGGUAGUCCGGGCAUUCGUCCGCUCCAAAGAUCCUCUCACUGAAGUUUACCGCAUGGGGAUGGAAGUGUUCACUGUUGGUGAUGGUGAGGCAUGUACUUCUUGGAGGGAAACCACGACUGAUUUGCCUUACCCUGUGGUCGAGUGGAUAACCGGGAAAUUCGUAAACGGUGGAUUGUUUUGGGUCAUCGACAGGUUCCAUCUUGAGCAUGAUCGAAACGGCUUCGUCCGCUUCAGCCUGGAAGAUGAGACGUCCCGCGUCAUUCGUCUACCGGAUACCUUGUCAUUGGAUCGUGCACGCGAUGAAUCCUUUCUGUUGGACGUGAUUCAGCAGGGCGAGCUGUGCCUGACAGGAGGCGCAAUCAUGCUACAGUCUGGUCCCAAUUUCUACCGCUACGAGCUGCAGACAGCUUCUAACCCGCUGACCAAAGUGUUUGCGUUGGAAGGGCUAAGAUACAAGCGUCGGAGGGAACACGCUACUAAGAAGAAUAUCUUCUUCUUCAACGUAACUCCCUACAUGGAAAGUCUUGUUCGUAUUGCGUCUUAG